GCCAUUUUGUAACUAUCAGCGGCGUCACUGCUUGUGUUCGUUGCAAUAUUAUUGCAAAAGAUACUUUAAUUGUGUAAAAACUGCAAAGAACUACUUAUUUUUAGUAAAUUUGAGAAUCACUAGUUGAACUUAAUAUUUAUUGUUAAGCAAUGCAAAUGCAAGGAAUGAAUCAAUACGGAAAUAGAGGUUAUGGAGGACCUCCACAACCUCAGCGUCAAGGAGGUAGACGCGGAAACAAUAGAGGAGGCUUUCGCAAUUCUCGAUUUGAGCAUAAUCAAAGAGGAGGGCCAAAUCAUCUAGGAGGUCAACGUCCUAACAAUGAGAUGCCUAAGCCUGUGCAACAGAAUGAUAAACCACCACAACAAUUGCCGCAACAACCACCCCAAAAUCAACAAGCACAAUCUAUUCAAAAAGAUAAAGAAAUACCAGCUCCUCAACCUCAACAACAGCAGCAACAGUCACAGCAGAAGCAGUCACCUCAGCCACAAAAACCUCAACAACCACAUCCAAAACCUCAACCACAAAAUCAGCAGCAGCAACAACAACAGCAGCAGCCACAACAAUUGCCAAACCAAGGCAAUAUUUCAAAAUCUGAUUCUCAAGACAAUGUUGAUAAAUCAAUGCCUAAUGAACAAAAACAUCAAAACCAAAAUAAUCAAGGCACAUUCCAAAAAAAUAUUAAUGGAAACUUUGGAGGAAAUAAACCUGGUGCAUGGGGUCAAGGUGGACCUGGCAUAAAGCAGGGUGGUAAUUUUGGGCCAAAGGGCUUUAACCAGAAACCCGGAGGUCCUGGACAAGGACCAGCACGUAAUCAACAAAGAAAUUCUAAUCGUGGUACUCAACAAGAGGGAGGAAAACCUGUGCAGAGAGAGGAACAUAUGUUAGCAAAUAAGUUGAAGGACCUUAUGGGGCCGUUGAUUGAUUUGCCACCACUUGAACAAACUGAAGUUAAGUUCAAUGGAAGAAGCCGUUUGUAUAUUGGAAAUCUAUCAAAUGAUGUGACUGAAGAAGAGAUUCAGAAUUUGUUCAGUCAGUUUGGAGAGGCUGCUGAGCUAUUUAUAAAUAAAGAAAAAAACUUUGGUUUUAUCAAAAUGGAUUAUAGAGUAAAUGCUGAGAAGGCAAAACGUGAGUUGGAUGGCAAGAUGAGAAAUGGCAGAAAUCUUAGAGUUAGAUUUGCACCUCACAACAGCGCUGUGCGCGUGAAGAACUUACCACCUUUUGUGUCAAAUGAGUUACUGCAUCGUGCUUUUGAGAUAUUCGGUAAAAUUGAAAGGUCAUAUGUCAAAGUUGAUGAGAGAGGAAAAACAUUAGGAGAAGGCAUUGUUGAAUUUGCAAGAAAACCUAGUGCUCUAUCUGCUAUUCGAAACUGCAAUGAGAGAUGCUUUUUCUUAACUUCGUCACUACGUCCAGUCAUUGUAGAAAGUUUGGAGGAACCUGAUGAAUUUGAUGGCUAUCCUGAAAAGAAUAUACCUAGAAAACAUCCAGAGUUCUUGCGCGCCAGAGAGAUGGGACCACGAUUCUCCGAGCCUGGCAGCUUUGAACAUGAAUAUGGAACAAGAUGGAAGCAGCUGCAUGAACUCCAUCGCCAGAAGGAGGAGGCGCUGAGAAAGGAGCUUGCCGCUGAGGAAGAGAAACUAGAGGCCCAGAUGGAGUAUGCCAAGUACGAGCACGAGACGGAGCUGCUGCGCGAGCAGCUGCGCCAGCGCGAGCAGGAUCGCGAGCGACAGAAGCGCAGCUGGGAGAUGGCCGAGCGCGCCGCCGACGAGCGCCGCGAGGCCGAGCGCCAGCAGCGCCUGCGCCACGAGGAGGAGCUGUCGCAGCGCAUGCGCCAGCAGGACGACGAGCUGCGCCGCCGCCAGCAGGAGAACACGCUCUUCGUGCAGGCACAGAGGCUCAACUCGAUGCUUGAUCGUCAGGAGCAGGGCAUGUUCGAUCAUCAGCAGCCUAUGGAUGGAGGCUUCAGAGAGCAGUUCGACAUGCCACGUGGAGGUUAUGACGACAUGCAGCAGAAUCGCGGUGGUUGGGAUUCAUCGCGCCAAAUGGAUGAUUUUCCUAAUAAACGUCGACGCUUUUAAAUAAUUACACACUUGCGGUUCAUAGCCCGACUCUGUUAUGGGAUAUCCGCUCUACUAGAUACAUUUUUACUUUUGAUUGUGAUCAUAUAGGGGAAUGAUGUCCAUUUAGUAGCGACGACUUAUGUACUGAUUGUAUUAGCUUCAGUUAAAAUGUCUAUAUCCUAUUUGAAAUGAUCAAGGGUAACGUUUAAUAAGAUGUGCAUUGUCCGUGAAUAAAACACUUUCAAUCGUUUAAUUUUUAAUAUCACACUGUAUUAAUUGUAAGAUUUAGAAUAGCAAAUUUUUUACCAGCGGAGAACUUCUAAUGGAGAACUAUAAGAAUAUAAUUUUUAUGUAAAGUGUAUGGGCCUGUGCACUCAUUUUCUUCUAAAACAUAAUCGUAGUACAUUAUUUAUUGUAAGGAUGUAGUUUUUAAGUCUUAUAUGAUGCAUAGGUGGAUUUUAACUAUGAAAUAAUACAUGUCGUAUCGUCUCGUUCUUGAAUGUUAAAAAAGCAAUUUCUUAAACUCCGACACUCCUGUCGGCUCAGAUAAAACAUAAAAAUAUAUUAAUUUCAUAUAUAUAUGUAAUUAUAUUUCAAACUGCAAUGUUACUAGUAACUAAUUACGCAUAAAUUAUAAUUAUUAUUGUUGAAAUAAGAAUACAAAAAAGCUACUUCUAAUUUUUUUUAUUAAAAGCAUGAAUAGUGCUUAUUUUAAACCUCCUUAUUACGUAAAAUAGAUAAAAAAAACAUUUCACAAUCAUGGUUAUGUUUAUGACGAUAUAUAACGCGAAAUAAGCAGCCUGAUUAAUUUUAUAUUUUAAGUGUUUAAUAAUAUUACAUGACAAAAGCGAAUGUAUCGAUAGUUUUGUGGGAAAUAACACUUAUUGAACACUGAUAUGAAUUUCUGUUGUUUCUUUUAGGACAAUACAGCUGAUGCUUUUCCAAAUGAUUAUCGACACAGUGCUAAAAAAAUGAGAAAAAACAUUAAUAUUAUAAUACUUACGUCUUAUAUAUAACAUUCGAGUAACUCCGGCAUCAACUAUUCUCUUGAUCUUAGUGACUAGAAAUGUCCUUUUUUCGGGAUGUGACAUAACAUAGAAAAUAUUUGUUAACUGAUUGACUCAUACUUAACGCAGAAGCACGAUAUUAUUUUAUAAAUUCUUUCUCAAAUUUUCCAGUUCAUUUUUGCUACAACUCUAUGCUCGUCUCUGGGGGUUUCGUUACAAGGCAAAACUAUCGAUAUUUUUGCAAUCGCUUUCUAUUUUAAGGUGUGGCGAUGAUCGUGUCAUACGUGGGUACUACUAGCGAUGUCUAUAAUAUAUUUUGACAAGGAUUUGGCCAGAAUUACAUUUAUCAGAAUCAAUUCGCAAUUUAGCUUUAUGGUUUAGUUACUUGUUGUACACUUCCAGCUAAAUCCUUCAUUAGAUUAAGCAAUGCAUUCAUAUCCAGUUAAUGAUCGUUAGCAUCCUUUAACUAUAAUUACACCCAUUUAAAACACAAAAAUGCGGAAGUUGAAUCUAUGCCGAAAUAAGAAUGUUCGCAUCUUCAUACAACAAAACUAUUUUUAAUUGAUAAGAAGAAUCGAUGUUGAUAUGUGUAAUUCAAGACUUGGACAGAAGGUCACGGUAGCGCUACGGAUAAUAUUACAUUAAAAAAGGGUUAUCUUAACGAUGUCAAACCUAGUAAUUAUCUUGUUUCAUUCUACUUAACUAAAAUAAUUUUAAAACAUGUGACAAAAGGAUGUGUUGGUACUUAAUAGCGGGAAUGCUAUACAAAUGCACCUAAAACCGUACAUUUCAUAGUGUGCGUACGCUCAUUUGGUCUAUUAUGACAUUCUAUACCAGUUUUAAUGUUCUUAUUUUUGCCGUUUAAAAAUUAUACUGGAAACAGUUAAUUUAAUAAGUGACGUGUUCAAAUUAUAGAUACCUAUAUUUAAAAGAUUUAUAUUUAGGAUCGCGGUCCCGCGUUUGAGUUAUCGAAUUAAAGGAAUUUGCAUGGACGACUUGCCCAAAAUAUUUACGUCCGUUUAUAUUUGCUACCCGAGUUCAACCACCUGUUUGGUUAUUAAGACACACGUUUGAUUUAGCUGACAACUUUAACACAAAUAUAUUAAAUGAAAUAUUAAAAAACGUGUUAACCAUAAUGCGGCACUCAGAUAGUAAACAAUAAACUUUCUACCAAAUUAUUUUUUCGAACAAAAUUGCAUGCAUUGGUCAUAUCCACCUCUGUCACUUAAGGUAAAUUGUAUAAUGAUAUAAUUUUGUGUGUUAGGAUGCUAAAUCUGUCUUAAGUUUAUACUAAGUACGUGAGUCUUAGUUAAAAUUUCUUAUAUUUAACUGAAUUUAGUUUAUUAGUAGGAUCAUAGAAUAAACCUUGUAAUUUUUCUAAGUUAUACUAAAUAAAUAAACAAUUUAAUUAAAAACGAAUGACU